AUGGCGACGAGAAGACGUACUUUGCUCAAGGUCAUCGUCCUCGGCGAUAGCGGGGUUGGUAAGACUUCCUUGAUGAAUCAAUAUGUGCAUAAGAAGUUUAGUCUGCAGUACAAAGCAACAAUUGGUGCUGAUUUUGUGACGAAGGAGCUUCAGAUUGGAGAUAAGCUUGUUACUCUACAGAUUUGGGAUACUGCUGGGCAAGAAAGAUUCCAGAGCCUUGGUGCUGCGUUUUACAGAGGCGCGGAUUGUUGUGCUCUUGUUUAUGAUGUCAAUGUGUUGAAGUCCUUUGACUCUCUCGAAAACUGGCACGAGGAGUUUCUUAAACAGGCAAGUCCAUCGGAUCCAAAGACAUUUCCGUUUAUAGUGCUUGGAAACAAAGUUGACAUAGAUGGAGGGAGCAGCAGAGCGGUCUCUGAGAAGAAAGCAGCUGACUGGUGUGCUUCAAAUGGCAACAUACCCUAUUUCGAGACCUCAGCUAAAGAAGACUACAAUGUUGAUGAUGCCUUCUUCACCAUUGCCAAAACCGCUCUUGCAAACGAGCAUGAACAGGACAUAUACUUCCAAGGCAUACCAGAGGCAGUGACUGAGAACGAGCCCAAAGGAGGUGGUUGCGCUUGCUAA